AUGAUCGCCGCUCUCUCAGUCUUGCCGCCUGAUGUCCGCCUUCUUAUCGUCAACGAAGCCUGCUACUCCGAUACAUGGGCCACGAUAGCCCCCGAGCUUGGCGCUCAGCGAGAUGUCCUUGUCGAGACAGCAGCCACCAUCGGCGAACAGUCCUGGGCCUAUACCUCUGGCUCCGGCCGAAACCGGUGUUCUCUAUUCGGAGCGGCGUUUGUGGGAGAGCUUACCACCCACCCCGAGGAGAGAGUCUCACAACAUCGCAGUCGAAUAGUUGACGAGAUGCGUCACGUUGGGCCUGGCCAGGAAACCUCUACACCGCUGGUGGUCCCCUCUGCCCGCGCUCUUCUAUCCCAUAACAUCUCGCACUUCAUUCUAACACCGAAAAUUGCGACCGCGAUCACAAAUGUCGCAUCCUCCCAAGAGCGCCACGAGCCACUUCUGCAAUCACGAUCCGCCAUCCGCACUUUUUGGAGAAGACUUCGUGGCAGGCCAAGUCCAGGCCGAGAACCAGCGCAGGCGUUGGUGGCAGACAGCUUUCUGAAAGACAGCACCAGCACAGACAUGAAAGCUCUCGUGAUAGAAAGCUACUUGAAAGACCUUGGUCCGCUAAAGAGUGCGGUCGACUAUUGCACCCUUGCAACUGCCUGUCAGUUCGCCCUUGACGGGCGUGGGCCUCCGGAACUCCAAGACCAGGUGAUAGCUACUAUUACCUGGCAGGCAGCCCAGAUACAACUGGUUGGCCGGUUGCUGGAGUACCUGGCUAAGCAGGGACUGAUCAUAGAUAUUGUCGACGUGGAAAUAGCCGAUGAAGCACUAGCAGACCACCAACAAGACAUCGUGGAGCCUUUGGCGGGGAGAUUCCAUGAAGACGACAAGUUGUCAUGUCUAAUGAGCCCCCCAACUGAAGGCUAUGUUGGUGUCCACUUUAACGAUGCACAAGGCUGGCUGGCUGGAAUCUUGGCUUAUAACUAG